CUAGUUCCCCUUUUUGUCCUAGAACUAAUGACACUAAAAGUGGGACCCAGCAAGUGUACGUACCUCUAUACUCCUCACAAAACCUGUCUUUACCAAGUGCCCUUCUCCAUCCGCUUUAUCCUCAGCAUCGCCCUCUUCCUUCCCUUGCUCCACCCCUCCCUGCUUGCCCCUAGCCUUCCCUCCUGCUGGUGGAGACGGGGAUAGCCAGCAACCCAAGGUAAUCCGAGACGCCAAGGAAAACGAUGGUGCUUUCAGAGACGGACUGCUGGUUGCCACUAACAUACUACAGCCUACUAAACCCGCGUCUGCUGCAGGCAUGGCUGCUGCCCCUCCAGCCCCGUCUGAAUCUAACGCUCCUGCAUCUGCUCUAGCCAGACCCCCGCCUCCCUCUCUGUCUGAGGGGGGACUAAACGUCAACUGCGUUGCGCCACAUGUCCACAAGCCACCUGCCAUUCCUCUUCUCUCCUCUCUACCCUCUGCCUUGUUAUCUCCCCCCCAACUGGAUGUCAGUGCUGCGCCGCCAUCAAAGGACAUGCCAUCCAAAGCUUCCCUCUCUUCCCCAGCCUCGGCUGUAGUCGCCCCCGCCCUAGGCAUCGCCCCCAAGGCAGAGACCCCUUCUCCAGAGGAUUCGACAUCCGAAGCGGCGUCUCCGGCCGAGGCGUCGCACAAAGAGGCUCCGAAAGCGGCGUCGCUCAAAGCUUCCCCGUUUGCGUUCACGGUGACCUGCCAGCCUGCUGCCCCUGCACCCAUGUCGUUUUGGACGGCUCUCCCCCUUAGCGUCCCCAAGAGAGCUGCCGUCGAUCAAGUACAGGAACAGGAGGCACACGUGGCCGUCGCCGCACCUGUGGAGGCCUUCGCUGAAAAGGCUCAACUGUCCUAUGGGUCUGGGGCUACCAAGGAGUGGGUAGACACGUGUCCCAAAGGGCCGGCUGGGGAGGAAGAGGGUUUAACCGCUGCUUCCGUUGUCGCUGCGCCAUUACCAGCUUCUGCCACUACCUCUGUGCCUGCUGCCAUUGAAAAGCCACUCGAUUUUGAAACGCCAACAAGCUUUGUCCAUUGGUCUUCUGCACCUUCUCCAUGCAAUGCAGAGGAGACCUCGGGGGCCACCUCUGCCCUUGUUGGUGUGGAUGUCGUCGCUCCGAAAGCGGUUCCCCCAGCAGCUGCCCUGGUUCAGUACUCUGAAGAGGUUGACGAUCUUCCCCCACUGAUUUCACCAAAGGAGUACAUACUCCAAGACCCAUCAUCUCCACCAACCAAGUCCCCUCCAAUAGCCCCUCCGUCACUUGUCUCUGCACCUUCUGUAAACCCCAUCUUCAUCACUGGUCCCCCACCAGACCUCCAAGACCCCACCACAGCCCAGCCUGUGGUCAAGAACAACAAGGGGUCGGCAACAGAUUCAGACAGUGACGAGUCUGUCCCAGAGUUGGAGGAGCAAGAUUCAGCCCAGGCACAAACACAUCAAGCUCAGCUUGCUGCCGCUGCUGAGAUCGACGAGGAGCCAGUCAGCAAAGCAAAACAGAGCAGAAGUGAAAAGAAAGCAAGAAAGGCCAUGUCCAAGCUGGGUCUGCGUCAGGUGGCAGGAGUGACGAGAGUCACCAUCAGGAAGUCUAAGAACAUCCUGUUUGUCAUCCCGAAGCCAGACGUGUACAAGAGCCCAGCAUCUGACACGUACAUUGUAUUUGGUGAAGCCAAGAUUGAGGACCUUUCACAACAAGCUCAGUUAGCAGCUGCAGAGAAGUUUAAGGUCCAGGGAGAGGCAGUGUCCAGUAUCCAGGAGAACACACAAACACCAACAGUACAGGAGGAGAGUGAAGAAGAGGAGGUGGAUGAGACUGGCGUGGAGGUCAAGGACAUUGAACUGGUGAUGUCACAAGCCAAUGUGUCACGAGCGAAGGCGAUCCGCGCACUAAAGAACAACAACAAUGACAUUGUCAAUGCCAUCAUGGAGUUGACCAUGUAGACACCAAAGAGCUUGGAGGAACCAUCAGAACGAACGUACAACAUUAUUAGCCUAAAUUAUUUGAAGGAAAUAAAGUGGUGCAUUACAUAAAUGGUUUCUAUUUACUGUGUAUAUUUAGGAUUAACGCUAAAGGUAAUAAAUGUGUUUUCCUUGUU